CGUUUCUCCAUCAAACAGCCCCAUCCAUCACCUUCACCGCCCACCCUCCUGCUACUUCCACCCCCCGCCCCCUUACGAAAGCCGCACCACGACGACCUUACCUUCAUAUCUACAGGUACUGGCUGCCAGAUCAGAUCCCUAGCGAGGUCCAGUUCGCGCGGCACCUCAAGGCCGAGCCGCACUGUGCAGGCGGCAGCUAACGCGCGACUUCUCCUCAACACAUUCUCUAGAAUAAGACGCUCUUUCAAACCGUGAAUAUGAACGGCCUCAAACUGGAACCGGGUCUCAAAAGAGACCCGGACGCCAUCACCCCGUCCGGCAGCGGCUACAUGGACGACGACUUCUACGAAGACACGGGCGAACUCACCCUGCCGCCAAAGGGCGAGUCCAAAGACAUCUGGAUUACGCGCAUCCCAAAGUGGCUCUACGAAGCCGUCAGCAACUACGACGAGCUCGCCGACGGCCGCGACGACGACGAAAUCGUCAUUGGCGAGGUGCUGAUGAAGGUGGAUCCCACUCGGCCGGGCAAGGUCGACAAGACAAAGCCGCUGCGAAUGUUCUUGCAAAACAAUUUGAUCGCGACGAAGAAGUUGCCGCAGGCGUUUGAGUUGCAAAUGGCGCAGACGGCGGGGAAAGAGGUGUUGGGGAAUACGUACGUAUUCACCGAGAAGGACCUGCCGGGGUAUAAGCCGAGUGGGAUCUUUGUGCCGGGCAGACAGGGAGGCAGAGGGAACUAUGGCGUGCAGGAUCCGAAUGCGAAGGUACAUAAGCGGAGUAAAUACAAAAAAGCCGUCCCAAAACAAACUACACUUGUCGGCUCCGCAACCCGCGAAUACACCGCCAUCCCCCUCCGCACAAAAGAGUACCUCACCUUCGAAGCCUCGCGCAUCCGCAAAGCCAUCCAAGGCGAACAAACCCACACCAACAUCCAAACCACCAUCAACGAGCACCGCAACGCCGCCACCCUCCAGAAGCAGUUCGCCUCUUUCGUCCGUCCCGCCGCCGCCCGCGCUCCACAGCUCAACAAAGCCGCCCGCAUCCCCAGGAACGAGCUCAUCGACCUCCUGCACAAGUGCUUCGACGACUACCAGUAUUGGCAUAUGAAGACGCUGCGCGAGACCACGAGGCAGCCCGAGAGCUACUUGAAGGAGGUGCUGCAGGAUAUCGCGCAGUUGGUCAGGUCCGGGCCGUACGCCAGUACGUGGACGAGGCAGGGCGUUUUCGAAAGUGCUAGGGAUAUGUCGGGGAGGAAGCAGCAGGUUGCGCCGGAUGAGGAGGGUGGUGGUGCUGGCGGUGGUGGGGACGACGACGAGGGCGAUGAGGAGAUGGAGAUGGAGGAUGUGAUUUAACGUUCAAUUUUGUCAUGUGUUGAAAUCACGUUGCUGGAUGAUCUGGUCGGGAUUGAACAGUACUUUGGAAGGAGGGAAUCUGGUUGCAUUAGCGAGGCGUUACUGGUGGGAAAAUCAUGUCUCGAGAUAUCGAAUCCGGACGAUAUAUACAUGGCUCUUGUAUUUGUUGACUUGAGGUCUACCCAAACAGUGGUCGGAUUACAUACACAAUCACCAACGGCGCCAUCGCGAAGGAGGAAAGGGGGUAGACAGCGAAAAACACCGUUUUUACAUCUACUCGAUGGCUGGUACGGUAAAUGCUCUGUCUUGGCCCAAGACCCGUUCCUGCCCAC